UUUUCAACCGCCCCACCCUACCUCCAACACCACCAUUAUGGGUUGGAUCGUACACGUAAUAGAACGUUGGAUUGGAUUCCAUUUUGCUCUGAGAGAGCUACGGAGCUGAGUGCUACGUACUGAAUUUCUUCCGAAUCAGUCAGCCUGUCACUCAUACACUGUCGCUCGCCGUUACCGUGCCUAUUUGUAUGAGUGAAAGGGUGGUUUUUAAUUCGGUUCACUAAGCACGCGCACACUAACACACACACACGUCGAAGAGGGCUUAACUCACUUUACAAACAAUUGUAUUUGAGCUCAGCCGAGCAGCAGUAACAGUGAAGUCUGGGAAGCGAAGACAUUAGAGUUUAUGUUGCUUAGUGGGUGCGUGCAGACAAGUUACACAUAUAUUUGUGCUUGUGUUUGUGCCGGAGGUGACAGGAACAACGGGAGAGCGACCGACCGACCGAGCGAAAAAAAAACAGGUGGUCCGUCCGUUGUGUGAAAAAAAAUCUGAAAGGCGUGAAUAGCUCAAAACAACAGUAAUGAAAUAAUGAUGUUCUGAGUGGGAAUUAUUGACGAUGGAAUAUCGAGGGUGUAGGUAAGCGGCGAUAUUCGUAGGACCAAUCCAAUCGAAGGCACCCCUCCAUGCUCUACCCUUGAGUAUGCCAAUCCAACCAAUCCAAUUUAUACAGGAAAAGCAGAGGGAUGGCGAUUGCGAUAGCACGAGUCAAGAAGAAUAACGCAUAACGCAAUAUAGUACACGCAUAGUUGGAAAACAAGAAAACACAGAAGAAUACGGUGAAAUAGAAGAAGACGACCAAGAAGUUGGUCGGUGAUAGCGUACCAGUCAAUCACCUAAUUCAACCAAUCACCUAAUCAAUCAACCGUCAAGUCGAGUCAACCGCGUUGGUUAUAGGGCGCCGUUGGUGGAGAGAGGGGUCUCAACCAUUCUCACUCUCCCUCCCUCAAAAACCUGAGUAUGGAAUACUACAUGGAAUAGUUGGAGCAGUAGCAACUUCUUACCGUCCAAAAGCCAAGAAAAACUGCAGCAUGCAUUUCCAGACAGCAUGCAGCAUCAUUUUCCAGGCAGCAUGCUGCAUGAGUAAUGGUAUGAACAACAAGUUACACUGUUGGUGUCGAGCAACCUAGCAGUUGUGUAGCCGAACGUAGCACAUAAACGAUCAGAUCUCAACUCGGUGUACGUGUGUGUGUGUGUGUGUGUGUGUGUGUGUGUGUGUGUGUGUGUGGGUGGGUGUGUGUGUACAAGUGUGAACUGUCCAUUCGAUAGACAAUUCAAUUCUACUUUAAGGUAGCGUGUAUGUGCGUACAGCAAAAUCUUAAAGAAGGUACGGUACACACAAUCUGGUCCCACCCAACCAUAGAGGGCUGCUAGAGGGAAGAACCGUGUAUCGAGCUGUACAAACGAAGACGGCGAACAGUGUAGAUUCUCUUCGGAAGGUACAGCAGUACGGGGGUUCUAAGCCCAACCGGCUGAGACCGACGAACUCAGGCGCGAUUGGUGCGAAAAAGGAGACGAGGACAUUUCGCGGAAGCGGAAGCGUUCCGUCUUUGUUACUGCAAGUCUGCCGUUCGGCAAAUUCCGUCAGUGUGGCGGCAGGGUGGGUGGCCCGGCGCAGGCAACGGGCUCAGGAGCUGCUGGCGGUGGUGGUGGCGGCGGCGACGGUUGCGAUAGAAACCCCAGCCCGCCAUCAGCAGUGGAGAGUACCUGCGGUGGCGGCAGCAAGGGAGUUAGAGCGAUGGUCGUGUCAUCGUCAGGGCAUGGCGGAGGUGGUGGGGGAGGCAGCAAUUCUGGCGGCAACAGUGCCGGCAGCGGUGGACAUCAGGCGGGCGGAUCUACACGUAGCAACAGCCAACGGUUGGCACUGGCUACCCCCGGUACGGGAAUGACACCGAAAGAGCUUUCGGACAACGAUGAUCUCGCCACUGGCCUCGUGCUCGACACGAUUCUCGGAUUUCAGACGCACAAAAUGAGUCUCAAGUACCGACCACUGAAGGCGGACAAGGACGAGAUCAAGAUGAUUAUCGAGGAGUUCAUCCGAACACAGAACUAUAGCAAAUGCUAUCAGCAGCUUCUCGCUGGUAGCUGGAUGCCUCGCUCGGUGCUGAACAAGAACAAGCUAGCCCUAAAGCGGCUAGAAACGCACAUCUACCUGUAUCUGCGUGUGUUCGACCAGCAUUCCGGAUUCGUGAUUGAACCGUGCUACCGGUACUCGCUGGAGGGUCAGAAGGGAGCUAAAAUAUGUUCGACGCGUCGAUGGUUGCGGCACGAAAAGAUCGUGUGUCUGGUCGGGUGCAUUGCCGAACUUAGUGAACGCGAAGAAGCGAUGUUACUCCAUCCUGGUCGCAACGACUUCUCGGUCAUGUACAGUUGCCGCAAAAACUGUGCCCAGCUGUGGCUCGGCCCGGCCGCGUAUAUUAACCAUGAUUGUCGGGCCAAUUGCAAGUUUGUGCCGACUGGGCGCGAUACGGCCUGCAUCGAGGUAUUGCGUGACAUCGAGGCCGGUGAAGAGAUCACCUGCUUCUACGGCGAGGACUUUUUUGGCGACAACAACUGUUACUGCGAGUGUGAAACCUGCGAACGGCGCGGAACCGGUGCAUUUAUGGCGCGCGCAGCCGAAGCAUUCGCCGCGAGAGGUCUCUUCGGUGUCGGGACUGAAGCAGACCGAACACUGAUUGUAAAUGGUGCGGUGAGCUCUCUUAUGAACGAUGGCACUGGAGCAGGCUUGCGACUCCCGAAUGCCAUCGAUAGCAUUGCGACUGGUGGAGUCGGAGUGAACGGAAUACCGAUCGGCUCAACGGUGCGCUAUCGAUUGCGCGAAACCGACAAUCGGUUGAAUCGCAUGAAGAGCAAAGGUAUGGGGGUUGGUGGCACCGUCUAUAGCAGUGUUGUUAAUGCAGCGGCCGUCGGAGAGGUGAUGGGCAAGGUGGCGGGUCUCGGUAGAGAUCCAUCGCUCGGACUUACAUUGAAGGAACUGCGCGAGAAGGGCAUGACCAAGUAUGAUGCGGAAAUGUUGCUAGCCCAGCAGAAACACCACCAAACCCUUUCGUAUUGCCCUGGAGCAAGGGGAACCAUUAGCAAUAUUCGCAACAAUACCAACAACAAUAACAGCAGCACCACCACCACCACCAGUAGCACUAGCAGCAGCACCAGCGCAAUAGUCAAUGAUUCGCUCAAGAAUGAUGAAUUGCGCGAGAACGCAGCGAUUACCGAGGUGCGAUCUACCCCUGCCGCUCAACUAAAACGCGCCACACGAGGUAAAACGUCCACAAAGUCUUCAACGACAACUAAGCAGCAAGCGAAUCUAAUGCGAAACAGCGCAGAGCAGCGAAUCAACAAAACACGUCGCCAUAGCACGCAUGCCAACCUUGCUGUCGACGCUAUCGAAGAGAGCCAGCUGAAGCAGAGGAAGGAAAGCAUACGUGAUCGAAGAAAAAGCUGUGCACUACCAUCCGCUGCUACGGUGGAAACGAUCAUUGCCGACGAUUAUGACUACUAUGAUGGCGCCUACUCGCAGCUGGACAAACUGCUUGCCCUUGAUGCCCUUGAUGACGAGCGUGCCAUGGCAGCCUACAAACUAGCCUACCAGCAGCAAUACAACUCGCCGAAGCGCCUCGAAAUCGGACAGAGGCGUGGUUUGCGCGAAAGAGGUCAGCAGCGGCGCCAACGAAAACGUUCAACCGACGAAUGUUCGCUCUCGCUGGUGGCGGACUCGAUUGUGCCGGAUGAUGUCAGUCCUCGCGUAACGCGAGGUAUGCUUCGCCAGCGGGAAGAUUACGGAAGCCGUGGUAGCAGCGGCGGAGGAGCCAGCAAUGAUCUGCGAGUCUCAGUGAUGACAACGCCCGCUGAUCACGGUACCAUGGCGGAAGAGAAGGUGUCGCGGCCUAAACCGAAAUCAGCAACGUCUAGCUCGGCUUCCAGCAAUGGCAUUGUCACCCGCCGGAUGUCACGUUGCCUGGGUUUGCUGAAUUCGUCUGCAAUUUCGGCCACAGAUGGUGGUGAACAUGAUGUUCGCGAUGCAGCGACGACCUUGACAGCAACAGCACCGAUGCCACCAAUAUCGGUUGCUAUCGUAUCCAAUUUGGGUAGCCGCAUCGUAACACGCCGAAUGUCACGCAGAAAGUCCUUGGCAUCGUCCGGUUUGGUUGGCGGGGGUGAAGAAAACGACGGCGUUGCCUCUUCAGCUGCCAUAACAAUGGCAAACCACAGUUCUAAUCGCGGUAACCGACGAAAACAGCAUCUCCAUAAACGCAACGUCGACGAUGAAGAUAAUGGGGUUGGGAGGAGAGCGGCGGAGAAGGAGAGUAAAAAUGAUCAUCAUCCGAUUGAAGACGACUGGAUGCGGAAGCAUAAGAAGAGGGCAUGCCAGACGUCGACCACUAGUGCAGCGGUUGUGAUGAGUUCCGAGCGCCAUUUUGCAAAACCACGGCAGCGCAAGACCGCCGACACUGUAACUGACGCUGGCUGUCCUGUGACCACUGCCAGCCACACUGAGGGGACUGUUAAGCGAAAUGAGAUGCAAAACAGUGCGCGAGCAAACCUCGCCAGCAGAUGGAACGAUGACAACGAAGAACAGCAGGAGAACAACGAUGGUGAUGCCGAUGAUGAUGAGGACGAUUUGUGCUUGUCUGAAAUUAUCCGUUCAGCGAGAAACCAUACGGUCACAUCUAGUAGCGAUAGUAAUACAAAAGGAGACCUAAAAAAUCUUUCCUCCCGAGUGGGCGAUCCUCAAAAGGACCGUAAGCUAGCUACCACCCGAUUCCCUGGCACUGCUCAUAAGCAAUUGCACGUGGCAAAAUAUUCACCUGAGAACUUUGAGGGCAGCUACUAUCUGCGGCAAUCGCAACAAUCACCGUCAGUACAGCAGCAUACCGUAAUCGAGUUGGCGUCAUCCAUACCAUCGCAACCGCCCGGUAGCAGCUUUCCGUCCCCGCAGCAACCAAAGCAGCAGUGGCCGACUGUGACGGAUUCGGUGCUCAGUACACCGGAGCGACGUGUGAAAUUGACGCUGCGAAUGAAACGGAGCCCGGUGAUCGAUGAAAUCAUUGAAUCCGGGCAAAGUCUGGGCGAAAACAAUGGGACGAAUGCCUGUAGCUUCCCACGCGAAUAUGAAAUCUUACGCACAGAGGGCAUCGGUCGAGAGUUUGAUAGUGAUUCGGAGGAGGAGCAGGCUUGUGAGAGACGUAGUCGGCCACGAAAAAAGCGGCAACUGCAACUUGAUGAACAGAAGACAGAGCAGAAUGGUCAAGUGCAGCAUCAGCAGAAGGCUGUAGUGAUCGAAGGAAAUGAAAAAAGGGAAGAAAGAGAGCAAGAUGAGUUGGCGGAGGACGAGGAGGAUCUAACAUCGUACAGCAGUAGCUGCAGCAGUCGUAUGUCACAAAAACACUCGAAGCGCCACAAAGCAUCAAAGGAAGCACGCCGAUUGCGAAAGCUGGAGAAGCGCGAGCGACGCCGUCAGCUGUCUUGCUCCUCCAAUCUUUCCUCUGUCACAGCCUACAGCCAGGGUGGGUGGCCGUACAGUGACGAUGGACCGCCGGGUGCCCAUGAGACCGAUCAGUCCGCGUUUGUCCUAUCGUCCUCGUCUAUGAACACGCGUCGCGCUGUCAAUCAAACAAUUGCACCUGUUUCACUUCCAAAGGAAAGUGGCAAUAAUCAACCGGGUGUCGUACCGUUAUUCCGUAACGGCUUGCGUUCGUCCUCUAGUUUACAAUCUGGCCCUAUGAUGGUUCCUCCGCAAUGGCGUGUCGGUAGUGUAUCGCCGCCUCAGCCAAAUCCACCACAACCCGCAAAACGGUUACGCUUAAUUUUGCGCAACGAAACACACACCCGAGACAUACCACCGACGGCUGAAGCGAUGGUACAAAAAGCUGAUUUGCCAACUGUUGUGGCGCAGCAGCUUGAAAUCAGUGAGACAAAAUCGAGCCGAAGCCGGCGCCAUAGCACGCAUGCCAGUUUCCUACUGUGUCCAACUAGCGAUUGCCAGAACGGAGGUCUCUCGACUAUUUCUACCGUAGCACCGAACUACAAUACCACCCCAAACACAAGUUCGCUCACUUCGCUCAGUUCUAAUAAUGCGAGCGCAAAGGAUGAAAUCGAAAGUGGAGCUCACCAUGAUUCAAAUCAAUCCAUUGUCACCGCUUCGUCUCGACGGCCAACUGCGCUUCAGUCCACGACGGACCAACAAUAUAAAACUGUAGCCCCUUCGCAGGGUGAUGGUAACCUAAGUCAACCAGAACCAGUCCUUGCGGCCUUAUUCCAAAACAGUUCAAGUCCAUUAGCACACCUACAGCGCCCUUCGAUGGAUCCUCCAGCCGGGUGUGUGAACACUGCCUCAACAAAACGUCUCAGUACGCCCCAUGUGAAACGAGAAAGGGUGGUAACGGUCAAAUCAACCCAAGUCCAGCCAGAUCUUCUACUUCCGGUGGUAGCCAAGGCUAGAACAGAGAAAGUGCAGCAAGAUGAGACUUAUGAUUGUCAGCCCGGGCCUAGGAAGAGUCGUAGCAGGCGCCAUAGCACGCACGGUAACAUCCUGACAAGUGCAUCAAGUGACAGCGAUAGUGGCGAAAGUGAGGUCCAAACAAGAGCGAACGAGCAGCAGGCUUCAUCGAACGCAAAGCACGAUGCGGGUAUCCAGCAGCGUACUGUUAGGCGGCGAAGCUGUGGGGUUACCUCCGUGUCAACGUUGACGAUGAAUCAUCAUGAUGCAGGGACGCAGAUUGACAGCAACUUAGCGGUGGAACGAAAUGCUUCUACCCAGGCUAACCCGCUAUCGGUAAUGAUACCAGCGCAAGGAUUAGACCCAAUGGUCUCAUCCACUCAUGUUUCCACCUCCCGCAAUGCGAUAUUCAUCUCAAAGCGAACAUUAUCCAAGCGUCGGAUCACACUCGACGAGGCCAGACAGUUGGUGCAUGCAUGGAAGAUGAAAUUGGAUCACCACAAUACGUUGGUGCACGAUGGUGAUGAUAAAGCUAUAGUCCCUAACUCUGGUGCCUUGGGGACUAGCCAGGAAAGGGAGAACCGAUCGGAAACGUUAAUUUGCAAUACUCCUGGCGUAAUUGUGUGUCACGUUACUGAUCGUCGUGACCCUAGCAGCAGUAUUAAUGGAGUUCUUGCGCCGGUAAUCUCUUCACCACUCCAGUCGGAGUCGUCCUGCUCGUUGACCCCAAUCAUUGGUGAUACGGCUGGAUGCUCUUCCAAUUGUGCGACAGAGAAGGCCGCUAUCCACUCCGGCAGUGGUGCUCUGCUAAAUCUGGCUGUUUCUAACCCUUCAUCUCUACCGACGACGUCAACACGGCCGUUACCAGCCAGGCUUAGGCAAGUGUUAGAGCAAGGCCUAUCAUUUGCAUCCAACCUUGCCGGGAAUUUGCCGGUUCUUCAUGAUAAUCGAUCGCAGGAGAAGCAACCACAUGUGAUCACUACGAGAAACAGCAGCAACAGCGGUGAUGCUAGCACGAACAGCCCAGUUGCGGAUAACAUUUCCACCUACCUCACUCAAUUCCAGCAUCGAUCCAAGCAGCCAGCUUUAGCCUUCCAGCGAAAUGGGCACUCUCCUUCGAUGGAAGUGUCUGUCGUUGCGCCCAGCCGCAUGCUAAACCAUGACAAUGUUCCGAAAAGCAUUAGGCACUCCUCCCGGUCCGAGUCGGUAGUACCCUUGCAGAUGCGACCCAAAAUGCGUUCGACGUUGCCUGAAGACAUCAUUGGUCGAAUCUUGGUGACACUGGUUCAUCAGCAGCAUCCUGUGCUGGUACCGUACAUCCACUUGCUGCAACCGGCAUAUCAAUCGGUUUGGCAAAACGGUGGAACACUAACGGAUACUGCAUGUAUCAGUAACAAUUUGUGUAGUAUUCUAGGUAUCGUGCAAGUUGGAACACAGCCAACAAACUUGGCUUGCAGUCCGGCUGAUGCAGCAACGGCAGCGCAAGAUGAUAUGAUCGAGCAGAUAUUUUUGCGGUUGAUCCGGCAGCAGCAUCCAGUGCUACGACCCUACGUCGGGCUGCUACACCCGUAUCAUCAGAAUGCAUGGCGCAACGGUGGUCAACGAGCAGUGGCUACUGACGGUGGGUUAAAGGUGAGGUCUAAUAAUUCCUCCUUAGCUACGCAUCAGGGCGAGAGCACAAAUGCAAUCAUCAUCUCAGAUGACGAUGAUGAUGAUCAACGAGAUAUAGUCUCACGAAAUGUGCAAAAUGGUGGUACUAGUUCGAGGGAGGCUACUACCAUGAGCGGAUCGAUCCAAGAGGACGGUAAAAUGCACAGUGGCAGCAGGAUCCUUUUGAACGGUAUGACUCUGCAACCUAGCAAGGACAAGGCUGGUGAGCAGCAGCUAUCGGUGCAGGAUGGUAUUGAACCGCCGUCUGCGAUAGCGAAUCCGAUGCCGAACGGAGAGAUGCGAAGCCGUAUCUUGCUAACGAAGGCCAAUGGCAGACCGAUGCCAGAUGCACGUUACCAGAGUAUCUGGCGCACUCCUGCCCAGCCCGGCGUCGCCACUUUUCACUGAUUACGGAGGAAUUCCAGGGCUCUUAUGACCUUGUCGGUCUAGUCGAUGAUCGAUCUCACUUGUCAAGCGCUAAUUGUAAUGGCUUAAUGACCUUCCAUCUGACGGCACUAGCACACAUACCAUUAUCGUACACUACACAACCAUGCCCUUCCUCUAAGCCCCCCACCCCCCCCCUCCAUUAUCUCGCAAAAGUGCAUGGUGUAACCAUUGUAUUUCUGUUGGUCGGAUAUAGUAGUUCAAGGUGGAAUCGAAUAAAGCAAGAUCUGGGAAAGAUGGAAGGAAAGCAUUUCUCGGCAUAUUCCAGCUUACGUAGUUCCAUGAAACUUACACUCAAAAUGCACACACAUCCACGCACACCUCGAUGCCGUGCUGUAUAGGUGGUGCUUCAUGUGGUAUACCCCCACUCUCAGCCUCACCACUCUUAAUUUCGUUUUUAAUGAUUCAGCUAAAUUUAGUCACCGUGUGUGGCUUGCGCAGGCAAACUUUUAUAAGAGGGCACAUUAUAUUUUAAAGAAAGGAUGAUAGGAAGGGCGGCGAAAGAAUGGACGUUUUCAAGGCAUUCAAGCCUUACGUGUUUGCGUCUCUGUAAAUGUGUAUUUUUAUGUAUGUAUAUGUGUGCGUGUGUGCGUGCGCGCUCGCGUUUGUGUGUGUUUGUGUGUAGGUGUGUCUUUCUCAUAAGCAAAAUGGUCGCCUCGAAAUGCUAUCGUUGUAACUAUAGCGUUUGAGCGGUUAUGGUUUGUUUGAACGCCUCUAGAACUCGAGCACAUGAGUGCAAUAGCGAUACUAGGAAUUACAACAAACGUACCGAUAGCGGUCUGUUAGUGCAAUAAUUGCUUAGGGAUAAUGCAGCAGGAAAGCCCGUGCUACUAGUAGUCGGUUGAAUGAGACAUCAGACAUACAGAUGUAGUGUAUCCAGUAACAUAAUUUACCUGUGCUAAGUGUUUAGCCACCACGACUUGGCGAUCACCUGCCUUCUGCCGCAAAGUGGAGACCGGCGAAAACAGACAAUCCAAAUGACGAACUGAAAAAACAGGUUGGAAGCGAAUGAGAAAAGCACGUGUGGGAAAAAGUGUGGUAGUCGUCUGCUAAACGCAUCGGCGAGCGCUUUUAAACCGGAUGAGGCGGGUUUUACGGGCUCGAUACUUCAUCGCUUACAGUUGGAGCAAUACGUUUGGAACGUGAGUUCUAAUUGGUGUGCGUGUAUGUGUGUGUAUGUUGAUUCCACAGAUUAUUCUGGUCCCCACCCCUCCUCCACCUUAAUCGCCUUGCAUCCUCUAAUAGUUUUAGUGGUCGGCCUUCCAUUUUCGUAAGGUGAAAUAAGCUGGCUGUUAUAUGUAUGGCGCUGAUGCAACAUGAAUAAUCGCGACAAGAAUUGCGCGGAAACACAACUUCGGUGUACAGCGAGCAUACUAGCGAGAGUAGAUAGUUUAGGAUGGAUAAUGGAAAAGCAGCAGCAGUAGCGUUAAGUCAGAAACAUAGUUACUAAACACACAUGUAACGAUUAGUGUAGAUCUGGUGAUCGUAGCAAAAAUUUGACUGCCAGGUACGUGAGCAAAAUGCGCUUCACUAAGGACAACGGAAUAGUAGUAACAGAGCUGAGAAUGGGAGAUAGAUGAAGUGAAACCGAUAGAAUUAUAGGGAUUUAGCGAAGAACAUGGCUAUCGAUGGCGGGUGCGCACUGGUGAUCAUAAUGGCCACCACAAACGGCACUUAAAUCGAACUGCAUGGUUUUGUGAUAUGAACAACAGCUUGAGAUAAAGGAUAGAAAGAAGAGAAUAAUUUAAAAAAAUGGAAAACCCCAAAAACUACAGAAAAUGUUUAAAAAUAUCUGAUAAACCAUUGGUUGGGAUGCGCCAAUAAAAUCAUAAAGAAAGCGCUAGCAGUGAAAGAGAGUGAGACGGACAUAGCAAGAGUGUAUGUAUGAGUGUGUAUGUGUGUGUGUGUGUGUGUGUGUGUGUGAGAGAGAGAGAGAGAGAGAGAGAGAGAGAGAGAGAGAAUACAGAACGAUCAAACAACUUUGGUACGGCGAAUCGAUGUGGGUGGCCAUAGCCGUGGAGGAGUCAUAUGGUUAUGGAGGUAAAUUAUAAAGGAAAAAGUAACAAUAAUAUUAUUGUAAUACACGUAAACGCAUAUAUUCAUGAUUAUAAACUAUUUUAGUACUCCUACCAAUACGCACGAACUUAUAGCUAUGAUUAAUAAAAAAGAAACAAAAUCCGUAAACAGAGUGCCGUAACGGUUACUUCUAUUACAAAUACAAAUGACAGCGACACAGUGGAAGAGGGGUGGGGGGACGGUUCUAGGUUGUUUCAGGAAUAAAAGGAAAUAUUCAGCCUUCGCCCGUUUAUUCGUAUGAGGUUACAUAGUACACACUACAACAUUUAAAGCUUGUUAGCGGCCAAGAGAUAUCGAUUGACAUCGAUGAUAUAGUGGUUCGGUCUCAGCAGGCGAUCAGGUACCUCGGGGUGAUGGUAUAUCACAGGCUUACCUUCGGAAACCACGUUGAUCAUGCUACCCCUAAGGCGCGGAGGGCCCUUAACGCUCUUUCGGCCAUCAUGCGUGGAACGGGCGGCAUCAGGCUACUAGCCACCGUAGUCACUUCCGUAUUGCGUUACGCGGGUCCUGCAUGGGCAGAGGUUCUGUCGGGGCGUAAUCUGGUCGCCGUUAAACCGUUUACUGGGAUUAGGGUUGCCGGAGAAUUCCGAACCGUAUCCUCGGUGGCAAUCAGUGUGAUUACCUGCAUGAUCCUCGUCGAAGAGGGCGGGGAACGCUACGCUGGUAGUGGAGGGCAUUCAAACGGAGGCGAGACGAAGGUCGCU